GGAUUAGCUUUAUGAAACUCGACCACAAUUUUGCCAGAGCUCCGGUUGAAGAAUUGAAGGUUAAAACCAGCUAGCCGAGAGCAAUUGCGCCGCCGUGCCGACUCGCGCCGACCCGACCAGACUCGGUUGUCUUUACCCUCCACCAUUCCCACCAUUGAUCGGUCGAAGAAGCUGAGUUCGGAGCGUUCGAGGAAGGACCUCGGCUCCCCCAUGGCGGCUGCUGGUGUCGGGAAGAUGAUGAUGCAGAGGCGAAUCCUGUCCCUGUUCGCCGCUCAUCGUGCUCAGAAUCUUCUUCCCUCCGAAGCUUCGCGACAUAUCCUUCCUUUUGCAAGUGCAUUGUGCAGUAGACACAAUCUUUAUGAAAGAGGCUUGAAGACUCGAGCAGAGGCCAAUGGGGACUUGAAAAUCCAAGAAGUCGGUGAAAGGAAGCCCAACAAUUCCCUUCCACUUGAGCCGAAGAGCAAUGACAAUCCUGAAGUCAAGUACUCCGCCAUAUCAAACUUGAAAUCUUCUUCGAGGCAUGAUCUUGCCCUGGUUUUUACUUGCAAGGUCUGUGAAACGAGAUCAGUGAAGACGGCUUGUCGCGAAUCAUAUGAGAAAGGCGUAGUUGUGGUCAGAUGCAGCGGUUGCAAUAAUCUACACCUGAUAGCGGAUCGGCUUGGGUGGUUCGGAGAGCCUGGGAGCAUAGAGGAUUUCUUGGCUGCUCGAGGAGAGGAAGUGAAGAAAGGCUCUGUUGAUACCUUGAAUUUGACUUUGGAGGAUUUAGCUGGAACCAGAAAUUGAGAAUGCUUCCAAGCAUUGCUCGUGUGAAUUGCUGAUGUAUUCCCUUUAGAAAAUUUUGAGUCUUGAUCAUAUCGCUCGUUGGCAAGUUGCUUCAGGUUGUAAGGUAGAAUUACUGGAGCCUCUUCGGUGCGAUUUCGCCGAUAUUAUGAGAAUAGUAGCUUCAUUACCA